GUAUUUUUCAUCUUCUUCAGACGAAGAAAAUAAAGAAAAUCGACAUAUCAAAAAGAAGAAACAACUACCUCCUUUUCCACAAUUACAAGAUUAUAUAUCAAGUAAGCCUAUAAUGAGCGAAGUUAUAAAAAAUAUUAACACAUCACAUGAAGGAACUUCUAUUGAUAAAACGUAUAAUAGGAGCAGUGUUUCCAGACAAUGCAUUCCAAGCAGUUCAAUAUAUGCUGAAAACACUGUUAUUGAAGAUACUUCUAAUGAAGAAACUACUAAUAAAAGAUAUAAUAGCAGUGUUUCCAGACAAUGCAUUCCAAGCAGUUCAAUAUAUGCUNAAAAAACUGUUAUUGAUGCUGAUAUGAAUAAAGAAAAUGUUUUUGAUGACAAAAUAUCACAUCCAAUAAACAUAAACGAAGAAUUAGAUAUUCAAUUACCAAUAUUAUCACUGGAGGAAUUACAAUUAUUUGAGGAGCAAUUAGAAGAAGAAAGAUUUAGAAAUCAAAUGCUUCAUAUUUUAAAGCUG